AUUGACGAGGAAAUUUUGAUCUUGAUUUUGUCCGUGACUCCCAUGCAUUGACAGGGCUGUGGUUGAUGAAAGAGCGAGGGAAAGCUAUGGAUCAAACGCUAACCUUAGCGGAAAGGCACCGCGCUAAAGCCUGCCCCUACGUCGAUACUUACCUUGGGAGAUAGGUAGCUCAUUAUCAUCUUGCCCAAACUUUUGCAGGAUACAGCGACAAAGACUUCACAACCUACUUGGACAUAUUGCACGUCAGUCAGCAGAGUUCUCCGUUGAAGACGCUCCCCGAUACCGAUGCAUCUCACUGCCUCGACAAAAUCUUACUUCCACUGCACCUUCAUGUUCCCUUAGAAGUCGCGAAUGUGGGGGCACAAGGUACACAUAUCUCACUACAUUACCACGGUCCGGUCCGGGCAGGCUCAGGCUGCUCUUCAUGGAUCGCAAGAGGAAGCGCGAGUUGCGCGAAUUGAACAGCCGUGCUUGGAAUGGAGAGAAGGGAGUCUACGAAGUGAACAAAUCCCUCGACUCAUCUCUGAAGAAGAAUACCGCGUUCAUCAAACGACUUCGAACUGCAGUUUCCGCAGCUACUUUGAGCACCUUCCUGCAAGAGAUUCGCACACUCAGUCUCCACAAGUACCUAUCGGAGAUCAUAUCUGCAUGCUAUGAAGGACUAUGCAAGUUGAAGUCGCCGGGAGAGAUCGAAGCUGGAGUAGAAAUCGUCAGCGCGCUGCACCAGCGGUUUGGACCUGCAGAGUUCACGGAGUUCUUGGGUUGGCUAGUGGGCAAGGGACUGGCUACACCGGAGAAAUCGAUACUGAAAAGUCUUGCGGCUGAGGCAAGAGAGAAGGAAGAGAAGGAGCGGAUCACACGCCAAAGAGUGCUUUUGAGAGUUGUCACGGAGCUAUGGCUGGUUGGAGUUCUUAGAACACUGGAUGAUGUCAGCCGUCCCGAUGAUACUUCUCGGGGCAAGGAGUCUCUGUCGGGAGCUUCGGGAAAGGCAGCUGAUGUGAAGGCGAAAACUAGUACGACAGCCAAGGGUGGCGGCGCGGAACCCUUCCCUCUGGAGGUUCUGAAAGACCUGCUAGGUCAUGACCGAGAGCAUGCAAACUUACCUCUACUUGUCAUUUUCGUAAAAGCUUUUGGCUGGGACAUACUAGGUGUGAAGGAAGCUGGAUCCGAAGGCCGAAAGACCGUAGCGGCAGACGGAGCUACGAAGGAAGCAAACAGUGAUGGUGACGGAGAUGAUGACUCUGGCGAAGAUGGUCCCGUUGAGGUAGCAAGUGACGAUCCACCUCUUGCUUCGGCAGAACUCCAGGAACGAUUCCGGAAUAUCUUAAAGCGCUACUUCGAGGACGUUAAAGCCCAUCUACUUCGCGACCAAAAGGCACUCAGUAAACAAGCACGUAAGGAUGCUGAAGCCUACGUCAAAUCUGGCCAGGUUUUCGAGGAUCGACAAGCAAACUACGAAAAAGUUGUCAAGGCACAAGAACGAUUGGUCGCAAAUGCACAGGUCCUUGCCGAAGCUAUUGGUGGAGAGAUGCCAGAUUUGAAAGAUUCCGAGGACAAUUCAGGCACUACGAAUGGAGGUAUCGGUCUGGUCAAGACUGGUGAGUACCUGCGGGGCGAAGGUGACGGUGCCGGGAUCUGGGAAGACGAAGAGGAACGCAGAUUCUACGAAAAUCUUGUAGAUCUGAAGGGCAAAGUUCCGGGAAUGCUCCUUGAAGAUGGCAAGAAGAAGAAAGUAGAUACAGAUGAGCAGGUUGGCAAGAAGAUUGAUCCAGCUGAUGCUGCUACUGCCGAUGCCAACUCUCAGAGUACCAAAGAAGACGACAUGUCUACAGCAAUUGCCAACAAGACGAUCGGUGCACAGGUUGACGCACUUCUAGCGCGUCUGCCCGAUCUCACCAGUAAAGAUUUGAUCGAUCAAGCUGCUAUUGACUUCUGCUUUCUCAACUCAAAGGCAUCCCGAAACCGUCUUGUGAAGGCGGUCCAGGAAAUACCUAAAGGCCGCAGCGACUUACUACCUGCAUAUUCUCGACUCGUAGCAACUCUUGGAAAGUACAUGCCUGAUGUUACCAAGGGACUUGUUGACCAUUUGGAUCAAGAAUUUCGCAGCCUUCAGCGCCGAAAGGAAAAGGAGUUUCUUGGCCAAGCUCGGCUUGGGAACAUUCGCUAUCUUGCCGAACUUACGAAAUUUGGAGUUGUCCCUGAGCAUGUCAUAUUCCACUGCCUCAAAGUCAGUCUUGACGACUUUUCAAGAAUGAAUAUCGAGAUCAUCUGCAACCUCUUGGAAAACUGUGGACGGUAUCUGCUCCGAAAUCCCGAGACUUCUCCCCGAAUGGCUUCCUUCCUUGAGACCCUGAAGCGUAAGAAGUCUGUUCAGCACAUUGGUCAACAAGAGCGUAUGCUCAUCGAAAAUGCUGUAUAUUAUGUUGAUCCUCCAAUCAGAGCCGCCAUUCAGCAGAAAGAGCGAACACCGAUCGAUUUGUUCAUUCGUAAGCUCGUGUAUCUUGAUAUGAACACCCGGAACUAUACCAAAAUACUCAAACAGAUCAAAAAGCUUCACUGGGAGGAGACAGAGGUUGUUGCAAUCCUUGAAAAAGUAUUUUCGAAGCCUGGCAAAGUAAAAUAUGGCAACAUUCAUCUGCUUGCUAUCCUGGCCAGUGCUCUGUACCGCUACUACCAAGAUUUCGUCAUUACUGUCAUCGACAAUGUUAUGGAAUCUAUCGUGCUCGGCUUGGAGCAGAAUGACUUUAAGUUCAACCAGCGGCGAAUUGCCGAAGUCAAGUACCUCGGCGAGCUUUACAACUAUCGCAUGGUUGAUCAUCCUGUGAUUUUCGACACUCUUUAUAGAAUCUUGACAUUUGGUCAUGGUGGACCUCCUAUUCCAGGUCGGCUAAAUUCAUUUGACAUGCCAGACGAUUUUUUCCGGAUUCGUCUUGUAGCAACUAUUCUAGAAUCAUGCGGUGUAUACUUCAACCGUGGCGCGUCUGGCAAGAAGUUGGAUUACUUCCUCUCUUUCCUCCAAUACUACAUCUACACGAAAGACCCCCUACCGAUGGAUAUCGAAUUUAUUGUCCAAGAUGUUUUCGCCUUAACGCGACCUCAGUGGAAGCUUGCAUCAAACAUAGAAGAAGCCAGCAAAGCUUUCCAACUUGCUAUGGCGCAAGACCAAAAGACUUCUGGUAUGGACAAGGUUCUCGAGGCUGAAGCUGAGGCGGACGAUAGCGAGUCCUCAGAUGAUGAGAUGGGUGAUAUUGGUCUUCCCCCUGCCGAAGUUGACGGAGAUUCGGAAUCGGAUGAUGAAGUUGACGCCACCGUGAACGGCGAGAAUGGGGACAAUGCCCUGUCUGCCCCUGGCACGGACUCAGAAGAAGAAUCCAUUGUGGUCACGCGCGAGGAGGAGGAAGUUGACCCCGAAGAUGAAGCAGACUUUGACCGUGAGUUGGCGAAGCUGAUGGCUGAAAGUCUAGAUUCCAGAAAGCACGAGCGCAAGCCAACCUUUGACGUACCUCUGCCCAUGAGACGCAAAGAAAACGCUCCAAAUCCCGGAUUACCUGGAAAUGAGUCGUGGACAGAUGACUCGACUAGUAGCAACGCUACGUCAAACACUAUGGCAUUCUCUCUACUCACCAAGCGUGGAAAUCGCCAACAGGUAAACAUGGUCGAACCAAUUUGGACGGAAAUCUGCUGACGGCCUCUCACAGACUCGCACAGUGGCUUUACCCUCGGACUCUAACUUUGCCAUAGCCAUGAAAUCCAAACAGGCUGCUGAUCGCGAAGAACAGAAGCGAAUCAAAGAUCUCGUUCUCAAUUAUGAGAUUCGUGAAGGAGAGGAACAAGAUGGU